CACAAAUGGCAGAAUUAUCUUUCUUUAAAAUAUUUGGUGGGUUAAUGAUCUAAAGUUACUUUUUAAUUUACAUGUAAAUUUGAAAUUUCUCAUGAUAUUUUUAAUCUUCUAGAACUUAACUAUCAGAUAAAAUGCAAUAUACUUUGGAAAUAUCCUACUCUACUUUUUAUAUCCAAAAUAAGUAAUAAAAUCACUGCUUAAUUCGUCACUAAAGUCUUCUUAAUAUACAAAUAAAAAUAAUUAAAUAUACAAAUAUAAAUCUGUAAAAAUAAACUGUAAUUUAAAUAAAAUGGCUAGCACUCUUACUAAAGCAUAAAGACUUAAAAAUUUAAAUGACUUGCUCUCUCAAUUUAGCAAUAAAGUAAAAUAGAACAAUAUUAAAUUGCCAAAAUUCGUAAAAGUUGUUGAAGUUGGUCCAAGAGACGGUUUACAAAAUGAAGCAACCCUUCUUCCUGCAAAGGAUAAAAUUGAUUUAAUUAACAGGUUGAGUGAUAGUGGCUUGAAAACUGUUGAAACUACAAGCUUUGUUUCACCAAAAUGGGUUCCUCAAAUGGGAGAUAAUAUGGAAGUUUUUGCAGGAAUAAACAAGUACCCAAAUGUUUCUUAUCCUUGCUUAGUUCCUAAUGUUAAAGGUCUCGAAUAAGCUUUGAAAGUAGGUGUAAAGGAAAUAGCAGUUUUUGGAGCUGCUUCUGAAGGCUUUACUUAGAAAAAUAUUAAUUGUUCAAUAGCUGAAAGUUUAGAAAGAUUUAGAGCUGUCAUUGAGGAAGCAAAAAAGCAUAAUUUAUUAGUUAGAGGUUAUGUUUCUACUGUUAUGGGAUGCCCCUAUUAAGGUGAUGUUGAUCCAGAAAAGGUAGCUGAAGUCAGUAAAAUUUUGUAUGACAUGGGUUGCUAUGAAAUAAGUUUAGGAGAUACUAUUGGAAUUGGUACUCCUGAAAAAACUGAUAAAAUGUUAACUGCAGUAAAGAAAUAAGUCCCUGUUGAAAAACUUGCAGCUCAUUUCCAUGAUACUUUUGAUAAAGCUAUUUCAAAUAUCUUAGUUGCCCUUGAGCAUGGAGUAAGUGUUGUGGAUUCAAGCAUUGCAGGUCUUGGAGGUUGCCCUUAUGCUAAAAAAUAAGCUGGUAAUGUUUGCACUGAAAAUGUUGUAUACUCUCUUCAAUAAUUAGGUAUAGAAACAGGAAUAGAUUUAUUAAAGUUGAAGCAAAUAGGUUCUGACAUAACCACAAAAUUAAAAAGAGAUAACAUGUGCUUAUUGGAGUGAAAAAUCUAUUUAUAAAAAAAUAAAGCAUUUAUUAAUGAAGAAAAUAAUUUUAAAGUUUUUAUGUUUAUUUCUUUAAAAGUAAAAAUAAAUAAAAACAAAAUUCCAAAUACUCCAAA